UCUCACGCCAAAUGCAAAAAGACAAUCCUUGCCGGCACAAUAGGGAAGAAGACAAGGUUAAAUUCCUGGAUAUCCUUACAUAAUCAAUUAUAAAGAGUUGUCCAAAUCCUAUGCAGAACUGAGAACCCCUAUGCAGAACUGAGAACCCCUUCUCCGUAUAACAUAGUUUCAAGCCAUAUAUCAUGUAUAAAGCUCCAGAAACUAGCAGAAACCAAGCCAUAUAUCAUGUAUAAAGCUCCAGAAACUAGCAGAAACCAAGAAUUUCCAUUAAUGGACAGGAUCAGCAACUUGCCAGACUCUGUUCUCUGUCAUAUUCUCUCUUUCCUUCCCACAAAACACGCCGUGGCAACCAGCGUUCUAUCAACAAAAUGGCAAUUCCUCUGGACCAACAUCCUUAAUCUAGAUUUCGACAGUUCCCUGUGUUUCAAUCCUCGGAAUACUGAAAACUCUAAAAACAAAAUGAGUUUCCACGAAUUUGUCACUAGGGUUUUGCUUCUGCAUAAUUCCCGUUGCAUAAAAACGUUGCUUCUAAAAUGUGGGGGGAGCUGCGAACAGCGCCAUGUUGAUGCAUGGAUUGGCACUGCAAUCUCACGCAACGUUGAAGUUCUUGAACUGUGUGCUUUGAUAGGUGUUGAUCGGUUGCCUCAUCGUUUCUUCACCUGCAAAACUCUCGUUGAUUUAAAGCUCGAAAACUAUGUAACAAUUCGGGUUCCUGGUAAUAUGUGUUUUCCCAGUCUUCAGAAACUUCAACUCAUCUCUGUGAGUUAUGAUAAUGAUGAGUCAUUUACAGAAUUGAUUGCUGCUUGCCUUGUGCUCCAUGAAUUGAUAAUAAGGAGAUCUGAGCAUGAUUAUCUGGUCUUUUGUAAUCUAUCUUCGCCUGUACUGAAAAGCCUCAAGCUGAUUUUUGGGUCUAACGCUUUUAAACCUUAUUUGUAUAAUUACAAGCUGAAGGUGUAUGCCCCUGCACUUGAAUACCUCCAUUUAGAUGAUAAGGUAUCCAUGGAUUUCUCCAUCGGAGAAUUGACCUCCCUGGUUGAAGCAGAUGUUCAUCUCUAUGACAAUGAAUUGGGAAAUGACAAUCAAUAUCUCAAUUUUGUUGUCAAAUUCAUUGGAAAGCUCAGCCAAGUGAAGUUCCUAUCUCUGUCGAUCAAUAUCACCACGGUAUGCUGUAAAUCCAUUCACAUUCCAGUUACUAAUUAG